GCGUCAGGCUGGUCGGCUAAAAUAACACGUAGACAGUGUCUGUUAAGGCGGGAGAGAUGAAUGAAAUAUCCAAAGAAGGCGCAGAGGAUAAAAUGCUCAUUUCAUUCUGGUAUGGAAGAAAAAGCAAAAACAAUGGAGGAAAAUAGGUUUCCUGCAUUCCCAUUCAAACCCUACUCAAUUCAGGUUGAUUUCAUGAACGCCCUUAACAACGCUCUCGACAAAGGAGGCGUCGCCAUUCUCGAAAGUCCCACUGGCACAGGGAAAACCCUGAGCUUAAUCUGCAGUGCACUGCAAUGGUUACUUGAUAAAAAAUCGCACUCUGGAUCAAAGCAGUUGACUGAAAAAUCGUCUGCUAAUGAUGAUGAACCAGAUUGGAUGAGAGAUUUUGUUGCAAAGAUCGAGGAGAAACAGAUCAAGGACCCUGCAGAGAAAGAUGUGAAACGCAAAGUCUUUAAGAGUAGUCAUAAAUUGUCUACAGUUUUCUCCAGAGAGAAAAUUAUGGCAGAGAACGGAAUGGCCAGAAAAAGUGUUAAAAUGGUCUCUAAUCCAUCUGAAAACUCUGAUGAUGAAGCAGAGUUUUUGAUUGAUGACUAUGAGAGUGAUGAGGAUUCUGGCUGUGGCAAUAAUGUGAAAAGGAAGCCUGGAUUUAUGUCUUCAAGUAGUGAUGAAGAGUCAGGAGAUGAUGCUGUGGAGAAGGAGCCCCUAAAGGUUUUCUAUUGCAGUCGGACUCAUUCACAGCUGUCACAGUUCGUCAAAGAGCUUCAGCGCACAACUUUUGGAUCAUCCUUGAAAGUUGCCUGUCUGGGCUCCAGGAAAACGUUAUGCAUUAAUUCAGAUGUUUUAAAACUGGGAGAUUCAACUCAGAUCAAUGAGCGUUGCUUGGAACUGCAGAAGAAUAAAAGCUGUGGAAAAUCCAGCAACAAGAUUUUACUAGAUGAAGGUGUGAAGGUCAAGAAAACCACAUCUGGGUGCCCGCUCUUACGGAAGAAAAAGCUGCAGAAGAAGUUCAAAGAAGAAGCUAAUCAACAGGGAGUUUUGGAUAUUGAGGAUCUUCAGCACCUGGGACGAAAAAUUGGCACCUGUUCAUACUAUGGAUCUCGAGCAUUGGUACCAUCAGCUAAUCUUGUUGUACUGCCUUACCAAUCUCUGCUCCUUAAAUCUGCUCGUGAAUCUCUUGGACUUAACUUGAAGGACAGCAUUGUCAUUAUAGAUGAGGCACACAACCUUGUUGACUCAGUAACCAAUAUGUAUAACUCACAAAUUACUAACUUUCAGCUUCAACUUGUGAACUCUCAUAUUAAAGGAUAUUUUGAAAGAUUCAGGAACUGCUUAGGAGCUGGCAAUCGACGGUACAUACAAAUGCUCUUGGUGCUUGUUCAAGCAUUUUUACAAUGCUUGUCAGAUGAUAAAAAAAAAUAUAUGUCUGGGAGAUCUGCAAAUGAUCUUGUUAAUGUUCAAAGUCCCGAAUUUGAUGGAAAUGAUUCAGAAAAUGGUGUUAUUAUGACUGUCAAUGAGUUCCUAUUUUCACUUGAGAUUGACAAUAUAAACCUGGUUAAGCUGCAACGAUACAUGAAAGAGAGCAAUAUUAUUCAUAAGGCAAGCAGUUAUGGGGAGAAACAUCUGCUUCUGCAGAGUGAUUAUUUGCAAUCUCAGAAUAGUGCAGGACGGCUUGUAAGCAGUGCACUGUCUGGGUUUCGUUCAUUGGCAGGUCUUCUGCUUGCAUUAACAAAUGCUGAUAGUGAUGGUAGAAUAAUUGUUUCAAGACAAACCAUGGCCAGUAGUGAGAAGCACAAAGAGGGAUAUCUUAAAUUUGUGAUGCUUGAUGCUGAGAAACUUUUUGCAGAGAUUGUAGAUCAAGCUCGAACUGUUGUACUAUCUGGUGGAACUCUUCAGCCUGUAGAAGAGAUUAAGGAAAGAUUGUUUCCUCACAUAAAAGCAGAUCAACUGCACUUGUUCUCUUGUGGCCAUAUUGUUUCCCCUGAAAGUAUUUUACCAAUUGCAGUUUCGCGUGGGCCUACGGGAAGGACAUUCGAUUUUACCCAUCAAAACCGAAGUUCCCCAAGCAUGAUGGAGGAGCUUGGAAGGUUGCUUUGUAAUUUAACAUCAGUUGUUCCUGAGGGGAUUAUUGUAUUUUUUUCUUCUUUUGAGUAUGAGAACCAAGUUUAUGCUGCAUGGACAGAAUCAGGGAUCCUGUCCACUCUUCAAAAGAAAAAACGUGUCUUUCGAGAACCUCGGAAUAAUGCAGCUGUGGAGCUUACUUUACAGGAUUACAAAGAGACCAUAAUGGCAUCAUCCACCAAGGGCAUCAAAGAGGAUAGACCAGGGCAAGGUGCUCUUCUUCUAGCUGUAGUAGGUGGAAAGAUUUCAGAAGGAAUCAAUUUUAGUGAUGGAAUGGGUCGGUGUGUGGUAAUGGUAGGACUCCCCUAUCCAAGCCCAUCUGAUCCAGAGUUGAUUGAACGCAUUAAGUACAUUGAUCGGCUGGGAACAGAAGCCAUAGUGGGGGGCACGCCAUUACCAGUGAGUAAAGAUACUGACAAAAUAACUUCUAUGCAAUCAGGAUUAAACAUUUUGCGUUGCUGCAACCAAAAAGGAAGAGAAUAUUAUGAGAAUCUUUGUAUGAAAGCAGUAAAUCAAUCAAUAGGUCGAGCAAUCAGGCAUAUUGGAGAUUAUGCUGCUGUACUGCUAGUUGAUGCUCGCUAUGCAUCAUUAACAAGGGAGGCUAAUUCAUACAAGGCUGGCUUCUCAACACCAACUUCUAAGCUUCCUGGUUGGAUAAAGGAACGCCUCGUUACUGUCACAGGUAAUUUUGGAGAGGUUCAAAGGUUGCUUCACCAAUUUUUCAAAUACAAUAGGGCACGGAACAUAAACGAUAUGCCCUGAGGCCAUUUUAUAAUUUGGGAGGACAAUGGAAAAGUAUUUGUACUUGUAAAGUACAAGUAAUGUGCAGCAAUCUAAAAUUGCUCACAGAGAGGUUCGUUUUCCCUUCAAAUGAUGUCUACUGUUAAAUUGGACCCAGAUGAUAUAGUUUUGUCACCUAUGAUCAUAAUAUUAAAGUUGUGAUCAUCUUAGUAAAUCAAUUGAUGAUGCUGAUUUUGGAAAUAAGCUGUUGAGAAACAAUGUAGAACAUUUCAUUCGUGGGGUCCUUUGACGCAUCAUCGAUUUCUUUUCAUAUGCUAUUGGUAGGCCCAUGGCUUGUGAAAAUGGAUUUCACAUGGUUGUUGUGAGAUUCUUCCGUUUUGGAAAUUUGGAAUCAAAUUCAUGUUAGACAUCAUUCUUUCCUGUCAUGGUUCUAAAUAUUGAGGUCCAAUUCUAAGAUCCACAUAAGGCCUUGAUUUUAAAUAGUAAGUUUGGCACAAUGGCCUGAUAUUAAUAUUAGGUUGGCACAGGACCCUUAUUAUGAAUAUUAGGGUUGGCAUAAGGCAGGACUUUCGUGAGAACAAAGUCUCACUGUACUGUACUUUUUCUUAUAUUGCAAAAUUCUUAGCAAAUUAUGUGAA